CGAAGGGAAUUACAAGAGUUCAUUGAGAAUGUGAAUGCUGCAUUCGAGGUUGUUAAAAGUGAGGACGAGAAGUUAUUGUUCCAAUAUGUAAAGUCCAAAAUAACAGGGGAGGCAAGGGCGAAGCUAUUAGUACGGGAUCGAACAAAUGAUUGGCCGGAGGUUCGAAGCAUACUGGAAGAGAAUUAUUCGGAUAAGAGAACCAUAGAUUUCUACGCAUGUCGCAUGUUCCAAGCAAGGCAAUAUCCGGGAGAAUCUGUAGCAUCUUGGGGUAAUAGGAUAGACGAGCUAUCCAAAUCGUUCAGAGUUGCCGUAACACGAGUAACAGAGAAGGCGCAGCUGAAAGGCGCAUUAGAAUUGGUUUACGCACUAGGUCGUGCAUGCUUUAUUCAGGGGCUAGUAAAUGAUAGAAUACAGACGAUUGUGCGCAGCAGAGGGGAAGAAAUAAGUCUUGGGGAUGCAGUAGAAAUAGCACAGCAGGAGGAAAGUGCACUGCUAUCGAUGAAAGAAAAGGGACAAUUUCAUAAAGGGGCUCGUAGAGAGACGGAAACUAGAAAUAACUGGGGAGAAAAAUGCUAUAAUUGUGGGAAAAAGGGCCACAUUGCUAGAGAAUGUAGGAAACCAAAGAUGAGUAGUAAAGUACGAUGGGUAAAGACACCCACUAGGGCAGAGGAAGCUAGGAGGUUCCAGAAGUUUUGUUAUAAUUGUGAUGAAUCAGGGCAUACGGAUGCUAUGUGUAGUAAAAUUAUAAUUUGUGAGAAAUGUCAGAGACGUGGGCAUAAGGCGACGGAAUGCCGAACCCCUAAGUGUUUUAUAUGUAAUAAGUAUGGGCCUACUGGAUACCAAUGUAUGGAAAAAGUAAAAGUAACCUCAGGAAAGAAGAAAAUGGUUUCGGGAAACUAA